AUGUUCUCUGCCAUGCUGAUGGACGCCUACCGCGACGAACGCCCCGGGAUCCGCAUCGCCUACAGGACGGACGGUCACCUCCUGAAUCAACGGCGGAUGCACUUAAAAUCGCGCGUAUCCACAACCACCGUGCACGAACUCCUCUUCGCCGACGACUGCGCCCUGAACACCACCUCGGAAGAGGAGAUGCAACGGAGCAUGGACCUGUUCUCCGCCGCCUGCGAGAACUUCGGUCUGGUCAUCAACACACAGAAGACGGUGGUGAUGCACCAACCGCCACCCAACUCGGCCACAGCCCCCAACGCGCCGCCGCAAAUCAGCGUGAAUGGGACCCACCUGCAAGUGGUGGAGAACUUCCCGUACCUGGGCAGUACUCUCUCCCACAACACCAAGAUCGACGACGAAGUCGCCAACAGGAUCUCGAAAGCCAGUCAAACCUUCGGUCGCCUCCAAAGCACAGUUUGGAAUCGUCAUGGUCUCCAACUGAGCACGAAGCUGAAGAUGUACAAGGCCGUCAUCCUGCCGACGCUACUGUAUGGAGCGGAGACUUGGACGGUGUACGCAAAGCAGGCACGUCGUCUGAACCACUUCCACCUCAGUUGUCUUCGUCGCAUCCUGAGGCUGAAGUGGCAGGAUCGAAUCCCCGACACGGAAGUACUGGAACGAACGGGAAUCCUCAGCAUCUACGCCAUACUGAAACAACUGCAGCUGCGCUGGAGCGGCCACCUGGUGAGCAUGGACGACGAGCGACUACCCAAACGACUCUUCCACGGAGACGUCGCGACGGGUUCUCGCCGUCAUAGAGGCCCAAUUCGUCGAUACAAGGAUACCCUGAAGUCCUCCCUGAAAUGCCUGCAAAUCAACCUCACCAACUGGGAGGAGCUCGCACUCGAUCGACCGACCUGGAGGAGGACAGUGAAGACAGGCGGUGCGAUCUACGAAGCCAACCGCAUCGCUGCCGCCAAAGCGAAACGUGAAGCCCGCAAAUCACAACUUCGCCCAGUAAGCAACGCCGCCGCACAACCGCUUCCAACGUGUCCUCGAUGUCAACGGACAUUCCGGGCUCGAAUCGGACUUGUUGGACAUCUUCGGAUUAACUGCGCCUCUCGAACGGCACCAACCAUCGUCCCCCCGCCUGCCUCUUCCUCCUCCUCUCCGCCGCCAACUAACCCACCACUUCCAUCAUCCUCCUCCUCCUCGCCCACUGCUCCAACGGCGGCCGCUCAGGCGACUGUCCCAAGCACAGCAACCGACACUACCACCACCUUCCCCGACUCCAGGGAUGAGGAUCAGGACUACACCUGCCCUCACUGCGACCGUACUUUCACCUCACACAUCGGCCUGGUCGGUCACUUGCGAAUUCAUCGCACAGAGCCUGGCGAACCAGUGCCUGGAGCACUAACCUACACCCACCGCACUCGCCUCCACUGCUCACACUGCCCUCGCACCUUCAGGCAUCGCAUGGGCCUUUUCGGCCACAUGCGCAUCCACGAGAGCGGCCUGGACCGCACUCCCGACACACCCACUAAAUCCAACACAUCCACCGUGCACACCCCCACUCUCGUUCCAUCCGUCCGCGACACCACCACCACCACCGCCUCCUCUGUAGCUGACACUGACACCGCCGACUUCUCAUGCCCACACUGUCCACGCACAUUCACCUCACGCAUCGGCUUGGUCUGUCACUUGCGAAUCCAUCGCACAGAGACUGGCGAACCAGUGCCUGGAGCACCCACCUAUACCCACCAAGCUCGUCUCAACUGCCCACACUGUCCUCGCACUUUCAGGCAUCGCAUGAGCCUAUUCGGCCACAUGCGCAUCCACUACGACCUGCGGUAG